AUGUUUAACUCACCAUCACUUGUUCGAAAUCAAAAGAAAACAUCCGCUAAUCAGGGAAAAAUCUCAUGUGAACAUGUUCAUUAUAAAAGAUGUAUGUUACUUUUGGCUUGUGUCAUAUUAAUUCCGAUAGCUAUUACUGUUCCAAUGGUUCUCGUCAACAAGAAAAAGGCGAACAGCAGUACAACACCAUCAUCGACAUCGACAACAGAAGCUCCAUUAUACAAUAUUAUUACAAAUACAACAAAAUGGAAACAAAAUGGAAUAACUAUUUUUCAGGCAGUUGAUUUUGAUGAAGGAACGGGUGAUUUAAGUUCUAUGGAUAUAGAUAAUAAUGGAACUAUUUAUAUGGCUGAAACAAUGAAAGAUCGUAUUAUAGAAAUAAAAUUCGGUGAAACUGGUUUUUCAAUUAUUAAUGGUAGUGAUGAUGUGCAUCAGUUAUUUCGUCCAACUGAUGUUAUUGUUGAUCAAAAAACAGAUUCAAUCAUUAUCUGUGACGCAGGAAAUAGGCGAAUACUUCGAUGGUCUCGUCAAAAUAUAUCAAAUAGAGAAAUAGUUAUUUCGAACGUUUAUUGUAUUGGUUUAGCAUUGGAUGAUGAUGGAUAUCUUUAUGUUAGUAUUAGUGAAUUGGGCAAACAUGAAAUCAGACGAUGGAAUCUUGGAAUUAAUCGUACAAGCACUCUCAUUGCAGGUGGAGGGACAUCCGAAGAUCAUUUUGCACAACUCAAAAUGCCAAAUUUUCUGUUUAUUGAUGAAGAUUAUUCUUUAUAUGUGGCAGAUACACAGAAUCAUCGUGUGAUGAAAUGGAGGAAAAAUUCUAAAGCAGGAAGUUGUGUCGCUGGUGGAAAUGGUGCCGGAACGAAUCUAACCCAAUUAUCUUACCCGACAGGUGUAGUUGUCGACCAUUUAGGUAAUAUUUAUAUUGCGGAUUCAAAUAAUAAUCGGAUAGUGCGCUGGAUUAAGGGUGCCAAUAAGGGCAGUAUCGUUGCUGGUGGAAAUGGGCCGGGAAAUGGAACAGAUCAAUUGUGGGCGCCAUAUGAUUUGUUAUUCGAUAAAUAUGGUAAUCUAUAUGUUUUUGAUGCAGGCAAUCAUCGAUUACAAAAGUUUUUUAUUGAAUCAAAUUGA